AUGCCUUCUCUUCUCUCCCUCGUGUUUGCGCCGUCCGCGAACGCACAGCACUCAUGGAGACAGCAAGCGAUAUCAUCGCAGCAAGUCUUCUCUAAUGUAGAGGUUAGUAAUCCACCGCACCUCAGUGGUACCGAUGUUGACUCGCUACCGCAGUUCCUGGCGCACCAAAACCCAUAUCGGGUCAAAGCGCUUAGCUCUCAAGAGUUUCUUUUGACUUUUGAGGAGCCUCAAACCUUGUACGCCAUACCCGACCUGCCGGCCGACCAAAAAGAUUGGUCGUCUAUCGCUGCGCGCAUUGUUAGCGCGUUACCAACAAGUAUCUGGCGGGACACGCGCGACCGCCAACUAAUCCUUUACACGCCUCCGAUCCUUCUUCCAGGCCUAGCACAGCCUAGCGACCUCCCGCUGGUACUUGCGCCGCGACCGGUAACCCACUCCGGCGAUCUCAAACCUCACGAGACUAGCCGGCGUUCAGAGUUCGCCGUCGAGUGCCUCAAUUCGAACUGGGCGCAUUUCUACCUUCAGCAGCAGAGCCUCGCAGCGAGGGGCGUCUUCCGGCGCACAUGCUUCAAGAAGAAAGACGUGCCGGUCCCUGCAUACAAAAGCUCGACACGAUACUUCGCAGAGGAUCAAGGCGGGUUCUACGGGGUCGACGUCGACACUCCAGAUUCCUCGACAACUCCCCAGGACGCAUACUCUGCUCCCAUCAUCGAGGAAGAGGGAGAGAUGGCUCCCACCAUCGUCUCAACGCAGAUGGAGCCGGUCGCCGAAGCAUCGCAAGGGAUGAUCACCACCGAAAUCGAGCCUGCUAAAGCGGCUGAAGCACAAGACGACCCCUAUGUGUUCGAGUUCCCAGAUGAGGAAGAAGAACUCGAACAGCUCAUCCGGGAAGAAGCGCCGAGGGACCUUGAGCGAAUGGCCGAUCGGGCUCGGAAAAAUUCCCUAGUCAGCAUUGAUGAAACAUCCGAAGCCCAGACUAACGAUGAGGUCCACCUCACUCCUCCCGAGGAGGCCACGCAUUACCGAUUAGACGAGGAGGAAGACUCCGAAGCAAACACUGACGUUGAAACCGAUCUUGCGACACCGGAGGAAGCUAUGCACUAUCGCUUGAGCGACAAGGUGCAUGACUAUGAGAAUGAGAGUGAAGAAGCCGCUCACGAAGUGCAGAAUGAGGAACUGCACCAGGAUGUGGAUGUGGUGGCCAUGAUCCAGUCCGCAUCAUUAGAUGUUCAUGCGGAGCUCGAGAAUUUGCCUCGCCGCGCGUACGAGGUCCCGGACGGUGCAGAGGUUGAUCCAUACUGGGCUCCUUACGAACACAACUCUCUGGUUCCCGAGAGCACCAAGACCUCUCCGGAAGUGUGCGUCUGGACAACAACACACCAUGAGGACUUGAACUUCUAUGAGGGUCACGUCCGUAAGGGGUGGGACGAAAAUCAAGGCGAGGAGCACGAUGCUUUCCGCCGCCACGUCUUGUCCGCCAGCGCUUGGUCUCACGUCUACGUGAUGGACCCCACCUCAGGCUACAAAGUGCCGUACGGUGCGAUGAAUCGGCGGUUGGCAGAGGAGGUAUACGAACCGGGUACGAGUGGCAUCAAGAGGAAAUGGUGGUACAAGCCUGGCGCUAAAGGCUUCAAAGAAACGGUGGAUCCGGAAACCCAAACGAACCGGAAGACCUUCUGCCCUCGGCGAUCGCGGCUGACAGAAGCGCAGAGUGCUUCUGAUGAUGCGGACGAGGACUCGUAUGUCUCUGCGAGUGACUUUGACCAGACUCCUGCCGAAGAGUUCCAGCACCUCUAUGCUGGCCUCUCACAGGAUAUACUGGACGGCGGUGAGGCCUCGGACUGGAGCGACUUCGGCAGUAAGCGUUCUGAAGACGAUGAUGUCACAGAAGAGGAAGGGUUUGAAGAGGCGGCAGGAAGCAAUGUCGAGUUCGCUUUUGACGACGAAGGCAUGACUUCACAGUCAGUGCGAGAAGCGUGCGCUGACGCGCGCUCUGGAUCCUUGAAUGGCCGCCAAUCACGUUUCGGCCUACGUGAUGAGGACUUGGACUCAGUCGCAUCCGACACUGAGUUGCUGGGAUCGUCUCAAGCCGUGAAGCGGUCUCUAUCAGCGCCACCGUCGCUGUACCGGGAGACGUCCAUGGCUGGCAUCGGUGGCGAUGAGCGCGACGUUGAGGAAGACAGCUUACUCUUAGAGCAAGACGAGGACAGCUAUGACGGUAGCGUCGAGUACACCGCCGACGACGAGCCAACCUUUGGUGAUGCUCACAUCGUAGUGAUGCAACGGCAGGCGCGUGUCUUUGGCCAGGAUGAUGACGCCUUGGACAGCUCGAUGAUCCAAGACCACCAUGAAGAGAAUGCCGAGAAAGACGCGGCUUCAGGAAUGCCAGAAGAUAUGAGCUUCGAAAACGGCCAGGAGAACGACACCGUCGGUGCUGACCAGAAAGGAGGACCGGAAGUAGACAACAUAACUGAUGAGGGUCGAGAUGAGGAUGGUCUGAUCCUCCAAGACCUCUCAAUCGCCACUCCCCCACCUGCUGCCGUCUAG